CUAAACGUAAAAGAAGAUUGCAAAGCCAUGGCUUUCUGUGCAAAAAUGAGGAGCACAAAGAAGAGUGAAGUAAGCCUGGAAGCUCAGCAUCAGGGUUUAGAAAUACUUUUCUACCUGCAAGAUAAAAAACCCAUUUGUUACACCAGUGGCGAGUUUACCUCGGAGGAGCUGUGCAUUGAAGCUGCCCAGAGGUGUUCUAUCUCUCCUCUGUGCCAUAAUCUCUUUGCGCUGUAUGAUGAAAACAAAAGACUCUGGUAUGCACCAAACCAGGUCUUUAAGAUAGACGAAAAAACAUCACACCGGCUCCAUUAUCGAAUGAGGUACUACUUUACAAACUGGCACGGGACUAGUGAAAACGAACCCUCAGUGUGGAGGCAUUCGCCAAGGAAGGCAAAGAACUCUUAUGAGAAGAAGCUGGCGCCGGAAGGAACCCCGAUACUUGAUGCAAACUCAUUAGAAUACAUCUUUGCACAGGGUCAGUAUGACUUAGUGAAAGGCCUGGCACCAAUCCGGGAUCCUAAAAAUGAUCAAGAGGUUCACGAAAUUGAAAAUGAAUGUCUGGGGAUGGCUGUCCUUGCAAUCUCUCACUAUGCCAUCAAGAAAAUGGUGAAGCUUCCGGAGCUUCCUAAAGAUAUCAGUUAUAAGCAUUAUAUUCCCGAAACUUUGAACAAGACUAUCAGACAGAGGAAUUUCUUAACCAGGAUUCGGAUAAAUAAUGUUUUCAAGCAUUUCCUUAAAGAGUUUAACAACAAAACCAUUUGUGACGGUAGCGUGUCUCCACGUGAUCUGAAAGUUAAAUACUUAUCAACAAUGGAGACCUUGACUAAACAUUAUGGAGCAGAAAUUUUUGAGACUUCGUUUUUGCUGAUAUCAUCUGAGAAUGAAAUAAAUAGAUUUAACUGUGGAGACAAUGAGAUCCUCCCACUAUAUGAAGUCAUCGUAACAGGAAACAAUGGAAUUCAGUGGAGGCUCAAGCCAAAUUCUGCACAGACGGAGAAAGAGAAGAAGAAAAAAUCUGAUGGCAAAACCAAAAAGGAUGAAGAAAAACACAAAAUUCGAGACUUAUGGAACAAUUUUUCCUAUUUUCCUGAAAUCACCCACAUAGUCAUCAAGGAGUCUACAGUUAGCAUUAACAAGCAGGAUAACAAAAGAAUGGAAUUAAAACUGUCCUCACAUGAUGAGGCCCUGUCGUUUGCGUCGUUGAUAGACGGGUACUUCAGACUUACAGCAGAUGCCCACCAUUACCUCUGCACAGAUGUGGCUCCUCCACUGAUUGAGCACAACAUAAAAAAUGGAUGCCAUGGACCCAUUUGCACGGAGUACGCCAUCAACAAACUGCGACAGGAAGGGAACGAAGCGGGAAUGUAUGUGUUGAGAUGGAGCUGCACGAACUUUAACCACAUUCUCAUGACAGUGACUUGUUUUGAAGGCUCAGAGAUGAUAAAUAAUUCAAUCCAGUACAAGAACUUCCAGAUUGAAGUGAAAAAAGGCGGGUACUUCCUACAUGGUUCGAACAAGUCUUUCUCAUCCUUAAAAGAGCUGAUGGACCACCUGAAAGGACAAAUACUUCGGACAGACAACAUAAGCUUUACACUGAAGAGGUGCUGCCAGCCAAAACCAAGAGAAAUCUCUAACUUGCUAGUUGCAACCAAGAAGGCGCAGGAAUGGCAGCCCGUUUAUCACCUAGGGCAGCUGAGUUUCCAUCGAAUCCUCAAGGAAGAAAUCAUGCAGGGCGAACAUCUUGGAAGAGGGACGAAAACACAGAUUUACUCAGGGAUUCUCAACUACAAAGAUGACGAGAAUGAAGGAUAUCAAAAUGAAAAAGAGAUUAAAGUCCUCCUCAAAGUCUUGGACCCCAGCCACAGAGACAUUUCUUUGGCGUUCUUUGAAACGGCAAGCAUGAUGAGGCAGGUGUCUCACAAGCAUAUUGUCCUCCUCCAUGGAGUCUGCGUCCGUGAUCUAGAAAAUAUCAUGGUUGAAGAGUUUGUUGAAUUUGGGCCUCUGGAUCUGUUCAUGCAUCGGAAGAGUGAAGUUCUGACAACUCCUUGGAAAUUCAAAGUUGCCAAGCAACUUGCAAGUGCGCUAAGCUACUUGGAGGAUAAGGAUUUGGUGCAUGGAAAUGUGUGUACUAAAAACAUCCUACUGGCAAGAGAGGGAAUUGACACUGAAUAUGGUCCUUUCAUAAAGCUGAGCGACCCAGGAAUACCAAUAACUGUGCUGUCCAGACAAGAAUGUGUUGAGCGAAUCCCCUGGAUUGCACCUGAAUGUGUUGAAGACUCCAAAAAUUUAAGCGUUGCAGCAGAUAAGUGGAGUUUUGGUACAACGCUGUGGGAAAUCUGCUAUAAUGGAGAAAUACCACUGAAAGACAAGACGUUAGCAGAGAAGGAGAGGUUCUACGAGGGGCAUUUUGUGUUGGCAACGCCAUCGUGCAAGGAGCUAGCUGACCUGAUGAAACAGUGCAUGAACUACGACCCCCAUCAGAGACCCUUCUUCAGAGCAAUCAUGAGGGACAUCAACAAACUGGAGGAACAAAAUCCCGAUAUCGUCUCGGAGAAGAAGCCCUUUACAGAGGUCGAUCCCACACUCUUUGAGAAACGAUUCUUGAAAAGAAUCCGUGAUUUGGGAGAGGGCCACUUUGGCAAGGUUGAACUCUGCAGAUACGACCCAGAAGGCGACAAUACAGGGGAGCAAGUGGCAGUUAAAUCUCUAAAGCCAGAGAGUGGAGGGAAUCACAUCGCUGAUCUCAAGAAGGAAAUAGAAAUCUUGAGGAAUCUUUAUCAUGAGAACAUUGUCAAAUACAAGGGGAUUUGCACAGAAGAUGGAGGAAGUGGGAUAAAGCUCAUCAUGGAAUUUCUUCCUUCUGGGAGCCUAAAGGAGUAUCUCCCCCGGAACAAGAACAAAAUCAAUCUCAAGCAACUUCUCAGAUACGCGGUUCAGAUCUGCAAGGGAAUGGACUAUCUGGGCUCCCGUCAGUACGUGCACCGGGACUUGGCAGCGAGAAACGUCCUUGUUGAAAGCGAGAACAGAGUGAAGAUCGGAGACUUUGGUCUCACCAAAGCAAUCGAGACCGAUAAGGAGUACUACACGGUCAAAGAUGACCUCGACAGCCCUGUGUUUUGGUAUGCUCCCGAAUGCUUGCUUCAGUGUAAGUUUUAUAUCGCCUCGGAUGUCUGGUCGUUUGGGGUGACGCUGUAUGAACUGCUUACCUACUGUGAUUCGGAGUCCAGUCCCAUGGCAGAGUUCUUGAAAAUGAUCGGCCCCACGCAGGGACAGAUGACGGUAGCACGGCUGGUGCGUGUCUUGCAAGAAGAAAAGCGUUUGCCACGUCCACCCAGCUGCCCAGAGGAGGUGGACCAGCUGAUGAGGAAGUGCUGGAUAUUCAAGCACGAUGAACGGACAACCUUUCACAGUCUGAUUCAAGGAUUUGAAACAAUUAUGAGUAAAAUGUAAUUCAUUUUUUUAUAUUGUCAGUACUUUAAAUGUGUGUCAAAAUAUAAAUGCCCAAGACCUUUUGUUUUUUUUUUAACUACUGUAAUUUGUACUCUGACUGUGCUAAUGUGUUUAAAGGAUUCUUUUUCCAACAGUUUUCCUUUUUAAUUUAGUCAACAGUUGGAUCAAAUGAAUUAAAAGGUAUGGCAGAAACAAUAGCUUCAGCUCCUUUUGCCGCUGUUAUUGCAAGGCAGUUUUAUCUUGAUCUGAUUAUGGUCUCGCCACAAUUUGAACUACCCUGCUGAAUGCGAACGGAAAGAGUGGAGUCGAAAAAUGCUGCAGUUCUCGGUGUGGUCUGUGGCAUCUAAAAUAAAUCUGCUGUGCACGCUUAUUCCUUGAGUAACUGAACCAGCAGACUGACAGGGACUUGUUACAAUAAUUUAAUAAGCUUUAUGGGGUUUUGAGGAGGUUUGAAGAAAAGCUCUCCUUCAUGUGCACUUAAAUUGUAGUAGCAAAUAAACAACUCUGGCAUAAAAAUCCAGAGAAGGCAAAAUAAUCAGCUCGUCCUAACCAAUCUACAGUUCUGAGCUCUUACAUACGUUUAAAAAGAAUUGCUUGACUCUUGUGUUAAAAAAAAAAAACCAAACAAAAAGCAUGGAUUAGCAUGUAUUGAGAAGCCCAGUUUCUGGAUUAAUAGUUUUCCUUUUCCGAACUCAGCCCUCCCCUCCCACAUUACAUGUUUCCACCCGCUGAAGCUUCCACCAUUGCUGUAGCUGUGCGACAUGCACAGGCAAAGCUUUUCAGCUCAUGCCACAAGUGAACUACAGAGUGGUGAAAUGUGCACUGGAAAUUAAUUACACGCUUUGGGGAUAGAAAAGAAAAUGAAUCCAUGGAUGGAAUCUGGGGGAGCGCUCCCCUAACAAAGAGUAAUUGUCUAAAGGCGAGGAUGAGCACCUGGGGCUGUGUCCCCAGGAGAGAACACCUCUAGCACACAAAACAGUCUUUUUGCUACCAGUGGUGCCAGCCCAAGGGCACAUGUCCUGCUCACUUUUUUUUUUGG